AUGGGCGUCCGAGAUUCCCACGGGGACAUGACGGGGACGCCCGACCCCGUCGAGAAGGGCUUCGCCACCCUCAACACCAUCAGAAUCGGUGUCAAGGCCAUGGUGCAGAAGGAUGGAGAACUAAGAAAGGCUGAAAUCCUAUCUAUCAGGCAGCGAAAGGAUGGCCCUUCUUUCUAUGUCCACUAUGUUGACUUCAACAAACGUCUUGACGAAUGGGUUGCAUCUUCAAGAAUCGACUUGUCUCAAGAGGUUGAAUGGCCUCAGCCAGAGAAGGCCGACAAGAAGAAGACUGCAGCGGCUAACAAGGCCGCACCUAGCAAGAACACAAGUUCGAACAAGCGUGCCCGAGCUGAUAGCCGCGAUGUAUCACAAACCCCUGACAUCUUGGGUGGUAAGAAUGUGAACGUCGGCAAGGCCUCGCGGCCCUCAAAGGCUGGAGGAAAGGAAAACAUUGACACCCCCGGCGACACCACGGUGUCGUUCGCUUCCGAGGGAGUAUCGACAAUUGGCACUCCUAAGGCCACUGAUUCCGAAGAUGUUGAAAUGGCAGAUGGUCCCACAGAAAGCCAAUCGAUCAAAGAGGAUGAAGUUCAAACCGCCUCGGGCGAAGUCAUCACCCGCGGCGAAGAGAUUGAAAGGCUGCGCACAAGUGGUAGCAUGACCCAAAACCCGACAGAGAUUCAUCGCGUGCGAAACCUGACUCGUCUUCAAAUGGGCAAGUACGAUGUCGAGCCGUGGUACUUCUCCCCAUACCCGGACUCGUUCUCCGACGUCGAUCUAGUUUACAUCGACGAGUUCUGUCUCGGAUACUUUGACAACCGGCGUGCCUUCGAGCGUCAUCGCGCCAAAUGCACCCUCACCCACCCACCAGGGAACGAGAUCUACCGGGACGACUACAUCUCCUUCUUCGAGGUCGAUGGUCGUCGUCAGCGAACCUGGUGCCGUAACCUGUGCCUUCUGAGUAAACUCUUCCUGGAUCACAAAACCCUCUAUUACGAUGUCGACCCGUUCCUUUUCUACUGCAUGUGCACCCGCGACGAGACAGGCUGCCAUCUCGUCGGCUACUUCUCCAAGGAAAAGGACUCCGCAGAGGGCUACAAUCUUGCCUGUAUCAUGACUCUACCACAAUAUCAGCGUCGCGGCUUCGGUCGUCUCCUCAUCUCUUUCAGCUACGAGCUCAGCAAGCGCGAAGGCAAGCUCGGCUCGCCUGAAAAACCUCUUAGUGAUCUGGGUCUUCUGGGUUAUCGACAAUACUGGCGCGAGACGCUGGUGGACCUUCUCAUCGAACCUAACCGUGAAGCCAUGAGCGAAAAUGAGCUUGCCAUUUUGACUUCCAUGACUGAGAAAGAUGUUCACGAAACCUUGGUUGUCUUCAAUAUGCUUCGGUAUCAUAAGGGUAACUGGGUCAUUGUUCUGACUGACAGUGUUGUCGAAGAACACGAGAAACGCCUUAAGAAGGAGGAGAUCAAGGGCGCUCGCAAGAUCGAUCCUGCACGUCUUCAGUGGAAGCCUCCUGUCUUCACAGCUUCCAGCCGGACCUGGAACUGGUGA